CAAUUACAUAGUAGUCUAAUACUCAUUUUUAGCAGCAAAUUAUUACAAUUCAGAUCAACCUGCAUGCUCAACCAUAAGAAAACCAUUUGAGGGCUUACAUCACACAACCCACAAAGUUUUGUAGAUCACUCACUCCCUAUCUAUAUGGUUCUCAUCACUCAACACACUUCCUAAAAGAGGCUAGCCAAACCUGCACCAGUUAGCUUACAGAAUAACAUAUAACAUCCUUGCCUGGAAGUAGAUUUUUUUUUUGGGUAAGUAAGUCAUAAAUUAAAAACAAAAAGCUUACACAACAUACAAGGGGCAUGGCCCAGGCCCUACCAAGACUAUUGAAUAUGUUAUGUUAUUCAUUGUUGUUAGUAUCUUAUAGUUCUUGCAAAAUCAAGUUUAGUUGUUUUUGUCAAUCAUAACUUUCAAAUAAUUGUUAUUGAUAUAUGCAUGUUUGAAUGUUCUAGAAACACUUUGGACACUUGUUUAAUCGAGAUUGUUUACUUAUGGAUAAGACAUGGAUGUAUCGAUCAAGAUUAAGUGAUGCAUACCAGAAAGGAGUUAACAUGUUUCUCGAUUUUGCAUUUACUAAUGCAAGUUAUGAGGAUAAGAUCAUAUGUCCAUGCAUCAAGUGUGGACUUACACUUCCUGUCACUCGAUCAGUUGCAUAUGAUCACUUAGUAUGUGAUGGCUUCACAAAGGGUUACACUAAAUGGGUUUUACAUGGUGAUGCAUCAUCUGUUACUACAACAAGUCCUGAUACGCACAUGCAAAAUAGGCCACAAUUGAAUAUUGAUGCACAUGGAUUAGUACACAAGGCAUUUGGAAUCUCAAAUGACGAUGAUAGAGUCGAUGGAGACGACCCUGAAGAUCUGGAGGAUAGAGAAGUUCUACAAGUUGAUACAUGAUGGACAAAAGGAUCUUUAUCCACAAUGUAGAAAUUUUACAAAGCUCGCAUUCAUCCUUCAGUUAUUUCAUAUCAAGAAUUUAGGCGGAUGGAGUAAUAAAUCGUUCACCAUGUUAUUAGAGCUAUUGAAGGAGGCAUUCCCAGAGGGUGUAACACUGCCUAAUACUGUUUAUGAAGUUGAGCAGAUCAUCAUGGAGUUAGGACUUAGUUAUGGGAAGAUUCAUGCAUGUCCCAAUGAUUGCAUGUUGUAUAGGAAUGAGCAUAAAACUGAUUUUGAAUGUUAUGUUUGUCAUACAUCUAGGUAUGUAACAGAGCAAAAUGAUUCAGGCAACGAGGCAUCCUCUAAAAAAGGCAGCUACAAAACACCUUCUAAGGUUCUACAUUACUUUCCUUUGAUACCAAGGCUACAAAGGUUAUUCAUGUCAUCCAAAACAGCAUCAUCUAUGAAGUGGCAUAAAGAAGGUCGCACCAAUGAUGGUUGUAUGAGACAUCCUGCCUAUUCUCCAGCUUGGAUGACUUUUGACCACCUACAUCCUGAUUUCGCAGCAGAUUGUAGAAAUGUCAGACUUGGGUUGGUGUGUGAUGGUGUGAACCCUUUCAGACCAUUGAGCAAUACGUAUAGCACCUGGCCUGUAAUUCUUAUACCAUAUAAUUUGCCUCCAUCGAUGUGUAUGAAGCAGACCAAUUUUCUAUUAUCAUUGAUUAUCCCUGGUCAUAGUGCACCUGGAAAUAAUAUUGAUGUGUAUUUGCAACCUUUAAUAGAUGAAUUAAAGGAAUUAUGGGUGGAUGGAGUAGAGACAUAUGAUGCAUCAAUUAAACAAAAUUUCCAAUUGCGUGCAGCAUUAAUGUGGACUAUUAGCGACUUCCCUGCUUAUGCUUAUUUGUCAGGGUGGAGUACUAAGGGGAAGUAUGCAUGCCCUUCAUGCCAUAAAGACACAUGCUUCUAGUGGUUAAAGCAUGGCCGAAAACAUUGUUACAUGGGUCAUCGUCGAUUCUUGGACCAACAUCAUGCCUUUCGAGAUGAUGACCGAUCUUUUGAUGGUACUAAAGAAAAAAGAACUGGACCCAAUCCUUUAAUUGGUUCUAUGGUAUUGGAUAUGUUACAUGGCUUCAAUAUCACUUAUGGAAAGAUGAGUACUAAUCCAGAAUUACCAUAUAAUUGGAAGAAAAGAAGCAUAUUCUUUGAAUUACCAUAUUGGAAGGAUAAUCUAGUGCAUCACAAUCUUGAUGUGAUGCACAUUGAGAAAAAUGUAUGUGAGAGCUUGCUUGCAACACUACUGAAUUUAGAGGGGAAGACAAAGGAUAAUCUAAAUGCACGUCUUGACUUGAAACUUCAAGGUAUAAGGCCUGAACUCCAUCCAAAAGAAAAUGCAACAAAUAAAACUAUCUUGCCUCCUUCUUGUUUCUCAUUAAAGAAACAAGAAAAAGAUGUUUUUUGUAAAUUUUUGAAGACUGUUAAAGUUCCUGAUGGUUAUGUAGCGAAUAUUUCACGAUGCAUCGACUUAAAGCAACGUAGAAUCUUUGGACUUAAAAGUCAUGAUUGCCAUAUUUUGAUGCGACAAUUACUCCCUUUAGCAAUUCGAGGAAUGUUGAGUUCACAUGUAACUUCACCUCUGAUUGAGUUGAGUAAUUUCUUUCUAGAGUUAUGUUCUAAAGUUGGUUUGGCACAAGACUUUAUGCGUCUUGAAAGGCAAAUUCCGAUAACACUUUGUAAGUUUGAAAAAAUAUUUCCCCCUAACUUUUUUGACAUUAUGGUGCAUUUGGUGGUUCACUUAGCAUCUGAGGCUAGAUUAGCAGGACCUGUGCAUUAUCGUUGGAUGUAUUCUGUUGAGAGGUACUUGAGUAGAUUAAAGUCAUAUGUGCGAAAUAGAAGUCGACCGGAGGGUAGUAUGGCAAAAAGAUACCUUGCAAAUAAAUGCUUGACAUUUUGCUCGAGGUAUAUGGAAGGUGUUGAGACACGGUUCAACCAGAUGUCUCGAAAUUAUGAUGAGGGAGGUAAUGAUACCGAAGGAUUAUCUAUUUUCUCAAUGCCUGGCCGACCAUUAGGUAAGGGCGUGAUAGACACAAUGGAUGAUGGCACAAAAGAAAAGGCACAUCGAUAUGUGCUAUUUAAUUGUGAGACAGUCAACAAAUUUAUUGAACAACACCGUAGACUUGUUUCCAUACAAAAUCCACGUCUUCGUGAAAUGGCCAUUGAUCGCAUUCAUAGUGAAACAUUUCCAACAUGGUUUGAUAAACAUGUUGAGGAAUUGCAUAAUGCAGGGGAUAGUCAAAUAACUGAAGAGCUUAGAUGUUUGGCUCAUGGUCCAAAUAGAAUUUUCACAAAAUAUAAGCGCGAUACUUGAUAAAUGGUUUUAGGUUCCAUACUAAGGAGAUCGAGUGAAAGAGAAAAACUCAAAAUAGUGGGAUUAUUGUCACGGCAAAAACACGAAGCUUUGCAAGUGGUAGAGAUGGAAAUCCGGUCUCUGGAGAUGUUACAUUUUAUGGCGUGUUAACAGAUAUAAUUGAGUUAGAUUAUUUGUUUGGGAAGAGGGUCGUGUUAUUUAAAGGUGAAUGGGUGUCACAAUCAGGGAAAAGACAAGAUAAAGAUUGCACAGUAGUCAACUUUGCACGAUUAAUGAAAGAUGCUGAGCCUUUUGUAUUGGCUUCUCAAGCAGAACAGGUAAUGUAUGUAGAAGAUCUGAAACACAAAGAUUGGCAAGUUGCUAUCAAGAUAAAUCCGAGAGAUUUUUAUGAUAUGAAUGCGGGGUCUUCUGUGGACAAUGUGGGGGCAUACUUGCAGAGUGUUGUAUGCAAUACACAAAGUGGUGAUGGGGACAAUAAUUUUGAUUUGGUUCGAACAGACAUGUCUGCUGCAAUUGUAGAUACACCACUUUCUCAGGUGUUGAGAGACAACGAUGUUCAUGAUGAUGGAGAUGAGGAAGAAUUAGAUCUUAUAUGACUGUUAAACUUAUUGAAUAUUGCUAGUUAUUUAUAUUUGAAAACAAUUCUAUAGUUUCAUUUUGUUCUCUUUCUUUAUCAUUGGUUUUGUUAAUUUAAUUGAUUGUUUGAAGAAUGAAUAAUGCGUUUUUAAUUUAACUAUGUGAUUUUCAUAUGUGGGUACAAAAUAUUUAUUCACUAUAUGUUACGUUUAGUCACUACCAAGAUAGCAAUGCAAUAAAGGUGAAUUCACAAAUUUUUUUUUUUUUUUUGUUAAUUUUCUUCAAGUAUUUUGUUCAUUUGCAGAUAAUUUAUUUGGAUCAUUCUAAGUUUACAAUUUGAUUUGUC